UCGAGCGCUAGCUAAAGCAACGUGUCUCAUUUCCGCAUUCAUUUGUCUGUGGAGUAUCAGGGCCAUGUUGAAGAUGUCUGGCCUGAAUUUCUCACGUUGAUUCAAUUAAAGACUUUUCUACUUGCACAUCGAAACACGCCGCCUAGACGCUGACUUGUACCCUCUGGGAUCCGGCUACGUCCCUGAAAUUGACAGUGUCCAUGACAUAUCAGUUGGCACCAAGAGGGGAUCCGACGAACUCUUUUCUUCUUGCAUAUCCAACGGACCCUAUAUCAUGAACUCAGCCAAUGGCAACGACAGCAAAAAAUUCAAAGGUGACGUCCGCAGCCCUGGUGUUCCGUCACGCGUCGUCCAUGUGCGCAAACUGCCCAACGACAUAAAUGAGGCUGAGGUUAUUGGCCUGGGACUGCCCUUUGGGAAGGUCACUAAUCUGCUGAUGCUCAAAGGGAAAAACCAGGCAUUCUUGGAGCUGAACAGUGAGGAGUGUGCACAGACUAUGGUGAGCUACUACUCCUCUGUCACUCCUGUCAUCAGAAACCACCCCAUUUACAUGCAGUACUCAACCCAUAAGGAGCUCAAGACGGACAACUCCCCCAACCAAGUGCGUGCCCAGGCAGCUCUGCAGGCAGUCAAUGCUCUGCAUGGAGGUGGAAUGGGAAGCAUGGCUAUUGCCACAGAUGCAGGAAGUGUGGCAGGAGCGACGGCCCAAAGCCCUGUACUUAGAGUCAUAGUGGAAAACCUUUUCUACCCAGUCACCCUGGAUGUACUACACCAGAUUUUCUCAAAGUUUGGCACCGUGUUAAAGAUCAUCACUUUUACCAAGAAUAACCAGUUCCAAGCUCUGAUCCAGUAUGCUGAUGGCAUGACAGCCCAACAUGCUAAACUGUCUCUGGAUGGACAGAACAUCUACAAUGCGUGCUGCACUCUGAGGAUCAGCUUCUCGAAGCUCACCAGCCUCAAUGUCAAGUACAACAAUGACAAGAGCAGGGACUACACUCGACCAGACCUCCCCACUGCAGAUUCACAGCCUUCCAUUGACCACCAGACCAUGGCCGCUGCAGCAUUUGCUGCUCCAGGCAUUAUUUCAGCCACUCCUUAUGGUGGAGCUCAUGCUUUCCCCCCAACGUUUGCUAUUCAGCAAGCAGGUCUGUCAGUGCCUGGAAUUCCUAGUGCUCUUGCAUCCCUGGGUGUGGGACACACUGGCAUGGCGGCUGCAGCAGCGGCAGCCAGCCGACUUGGACUGUCGGGGCUCCAUGCCUCCGGAGGACACAACGUCUUAUUGGUCAGCAAUCUGAACCCUGAGAGCGUUACGCCACACUGCCUCUUUAUUCUUUUCGGUGUGUAUGGCGAUGUGAUGAGAGUGAAGAUCCUGUUCAAUAAAAAGGAGAAUGCUCUGAUCCAGAUGUCUGAUGGCACACAGGCUCAGCUAGCUAUGAGCCAUCUGAACGGCCAGCGGCUUCACGGCAGGGCCAUGCGCGUGACAUUGUCCAAGCACACGACAGUGCAGCUGCCCAGAGAAGGCCACGAGGACCAGGGCCUCACAAAGGACUACAGCAAUUCACCGCUGCACCGCUUCAAGAAGCCUGGCUCCAAAAAUUACUCCAACAUCUUUCCACCUUCUGCAACACUCCACCUCUCCAACAUACCACCUUCUGUUGUAGAGGAUGACCUCAGGAGGCUUUUCGCCAGCUCAGGAGCCACAGUCAAGGCCUUCAAGUUCUUUCAAAAAGACCGUAAGAUGGCACUGAUCCAGAUGGGCUCAGUCGAGGAGGCCAUCGAGUCCCUGAUCGAGUUCCACAACCACGAUCUGGGAGAGAAUCACCACCUACGAGUGUCUUUCUCAAAGUCCACCAUCUGAGUGCCUUUUGCUUUCUCUCCCUCCAGUUCGAUCGCCACCUGAAUGUUGCUUUUCUCAAAGUUGCAUUCAGUGGAAACGGCCACCAUUACAUAAUUUAUAGUUGUUUUCUUUCCAGAAUAUUGCUCCCUUUCUAAGUCAUUACCAUCAUUGAGGUUUGGGGUACAGAUGUGGCCGAUUCUGGUUACACAUAGCGGUUUGUAGGUCUUAAUGGAGCACUGAUACAUGUCAUUAUAUGUAAAAAGACCAACAUAUGUUGAAAUCAGUCUUUGUUUUUUUGUUUUGUACCUGCUUGGAUUUGGUCAGUUCUCGUUUGUAAAAAAAAAUCCAAUAUGACCAUUUUUCUCGCUGCUAGCUCAAGGUGAUUCUAGGGCUUUUUAAUGGGUUUGUUACAAUUGACUUAGGUCUUUCAUUGCAUCACAGUGAGAUGGAUUUUGUCAGUUGAACAUUUUGUUUUUCCCUGUACUAUUAAUGUGGUUAAAUGUGAAAACGUUAGGGUUUUUUUUCUUGCAUUGUUCUAGAUUCUGAUGCAAGUUCAAAUAAUAUAGUGAACAAAUGUCAGUUGCUCCACACUGGACCCAGGAAUCAGUAAGUGGAAUCAGAUCGUGCUUCUUAUUUAUAGGUUGUCUACUCAAAUUGGUUAAUUUUCGUCACAUUAGCGGUUGUUAAAUGCGACAAGGGAGCAAAAUUCUGCAAUGAAGCAUCUUAUAUUGGAGGUAAAGUAGGGGAAGCUGAUCAGUUGUCACUUUAGACCAAAUUUCGUUAGGAGAAAAAGCUACACCUCCACCGCAGAUGUACGCUUAGGUGGAUGAAUCCUAUUCACACAGACACACUUCAGCAUUCCUGUUCCUUUGACUAGAGUUGGUUUGGUAUUUAUAUCUGUGUGCCUUCUUCAAAUGCCACUUUGAAUCGUUUCGGCCAGUCAGAAAUAGUUUGAGACUAAGGAUUUGUUUUGUAUUAUUUUUUUGGGGCUCAGAGACCAUCCGACAAUUAACAUACUAGUAUCUGUAUUCAUUUUAACAUUGCUUAAAAAACCCGAUUUCAUGCUUCAGGGGAUCCAUACCACUAUUUGAGAUCAUUUCAACAAGAGGGGGCUUUCCUCUCAGCUACAGUCUUGUGCCUUACUUUUCCCCAACCAGAUUGCCUUAAGCGUCGUUCUGGCUUCAUUUGGAAAAGAUGUGGCUUCAAAAAAAAAAAAACUGUCUUGCCUUUUGGUAUAUACCAGCAUUGAAAGGAAUAGGGGAAAGUGGCUCAUUCAGACUCCAGUUUCUUCUUAAAAUUGCAAAUUUUUAUAUCAGAAUUUGUACGCAUAUAGCCCAUUAUAUGUAUGUAGAAACUAUGAAUGUAAGUCAAAUAGAUGCCUAAUAUCCGUGCUAGGUGAUGUAGCUCUGUUUAGCUGUAUGGUGGCAGGUGUAGAGCUGUACCCAGCCUGCCUGUCCUUUAGUCCCAGUUCAUAUCCCUUUUGUCCUUUUAUCAGGAUGGACAGUGGUGUACGGGGCCUCAUUUAACCUUAUGUCCAUCUGUAUGUGGACAUCUAUAUAUUCAUUUAUCUUUUCUUUUAUUUUAGAAUUUACAUGUGUAUCACUUUGAAGCUUAAUAGGUAGCCACUGGGUUUGAUUAUCAGCACAGUGCCUUGUGUUUUGAAUUGGAAAACACUUGAAGUUGACUUUGUUUGCCUCUCGUUCAGGUUUUUCCCCUCUUACCUGUCUGCAAAGAUGCCUUAAGCCCAUUUCAUUCAGGUAAUCUUACCCACGAGGGCAACUCAGAGGCAUUUGUCAGCUGAUAGUAACGACAGUCUCGGGCUGUGUUGGAAAAACCCAGUGUACCUUUGACUUUUUUUCUCUUAAAUUCAGGAUAAACAGGGUGAGCUAGCUCACCCCCAUUCCCUGUCUGUGUCCCAAAAGCACCACAGUCAGGUCGUGUAGUGCACUUUUCCAGAAUGACCGGUCCAAGUGGGCACCAUCACACAAGUCUUAAAACGUCACCUAUUCCUGUGUGCCUCAAAGCACGACUUUCUCCAGCUUUGACCACGGUAAUCUUGGACCAGAUACAGAUGCGCUCUGUUUCUAUUUUUGUAAAAGAUUAAUAUGCAUGGUUUAACGAAGCUUCAUGUAGCCACAGACGGUUAUUGCUGUUAAGGACCAAAGUAUCUUCUACCCCUGCUGUUUUGUAGUGUUGUGAUUUCUACAGACUCACAUUCCUGAAGUUUAACACACACACACACAGCUUCAGUUAUCUCUAUUGUUUGUUUGCAUUUCUCAGAUGCCUUGGACAAAAAUCACAUGAAGUUAAAUUAUCUUUUGCGUAACAUCAUAUACUGUAUAUUGUACCCCUUUUGAUUGACUUUACAAAGAGCCUACUUUGGUAGACAACGCUUUAGAACAGAUACUUAAUUGAACUACAGUCCUAUCUGUGAUGUCGACAGUAGAAGAUUUAUGCCUUUCGAUGUUUGUUCAAAGCUUUUAUUUUUCUCUUUUUUUUUUAUAUGGGGGCGGGGUGGGAUUAUUGUAUGAAAGCGGGGGUUGAUGGUUGUAUAUAUUCAUGUUUUUGUACCACAAAAUCAUUUGGAUUAUAUCCACUUUACGUUCAAAACAUGUAUAUUUUGAUAAAACAGUACAGACCUAUACAAGCUCUCCUGAGCUGCAAAAACAAAAACUUUUGUAACACAAAGACAUUAAACCUAUCUGAACACAGAAGUGUCUCUGUAUGUGCCCCGCUCCCCCCCUCCCCCCUUUUGCCAUUCUGUUCUUGUCUCUUGCAUCUUCUGCUGCCUUCAAUAAAUCUUCAGUUUGUUUCUUCUUUCA